GACCGGACCGGAUCGAGUUUUCAUGAGCCGGAUCGGGUUAGAUUGGACCACAAGCCUUUUGCACAGUUCUACCCGGUACAAUUAGUCCGGAAGGAAACUAUACCACUUCUUGGAUUUUACCAUGGGUUUUCCCAAGGUCCCCGCUCGGAGCAUCAGCGCCGCCGUCUCUGCGAGACUCUUCCCCGCCAUUGCUCCGCUGCCCCACCGCCUAUCUUCAUCUUCACAGCCUCACCAAGACCACGACAACAGCUCAUCCCCAACCGUUCAGUAUUCAAAUGACUCCGAACUGGUAUCAAGGAUCCUUCUCCAGCACCAUAAUCCCUUUCAUGCCACGGAGUCCUCUCUGCAGCUCCAUGGAAUCACCCUUACCCCUCACCUUUUACACGAGGUCCUCCUCCGCCUCAGGAACUCUUCAAAAAUCGCGCUUGCCCUUUUCAAUUAUUCUAAAUCCCUUCCCGAUCCACCUCUCAGCUCCGAUUCCUACAACCUCAUGAUCGACAUCAUGGGCAGGGUUCGCCAAUUCGAUGUCGUUUGGCAACUCAUCAUCGAGAUGGACCAGAGAAAGCUCAACCCCACUUCUACUACCUUCUUGAUAAUGAUUCGCAGGCUUAUUUCUGCUGGGCUUACUCGCCAAGCAAUACGUGCAUUCGAUGACAUCGAUAAUUUUGUGGAGGAGAAGGUGCAUUCUGAAGAUUUCUGUUAUUUGCUGGAUACCCUUUGUAAGUACGGGUACGUGAAAGUUGCCGUUGAAGUUUUUAACCAAAAGAAGCACAGGUUUGUGCCUGAUGUGAAAAUGUACACGGUUUUGAUUUAUGGUUGGUGUAAGAUAGGUCGCAUUAAAAUGGCAGAGGGGUUCUUGAAGGACAUGGUGGAGAAAGGACUUGAGCCUAAUGUUGUUACAUAUAAUGUGUUGUUGAAUGGAAUUUGUAGGCGGGCAAGUUUACACCCAGAAGAAAGAUUUGAAAGGACAUUAAGAAAUGCUGAUAACUUGUUUGAUGAAAUGCACAAGAGAGGGGUUGAGCCAGAUGUUACUAGUUUCUCCAUUGUGCUCCAUGUCUAUAGUCGGGCUCAUAAACCGCAACUGUCCCUUGAUAAAUUAAGAUCGAUGAAGGAGAAAGGAAUCUGCCCAACGGCUGUGACAUAUACUUCCGUUAUUAAAUGUCUUUGUUCAUGUGGCUGGCUUGAAGAUGCUGGGGAGUUGCUCAAUGAGAUGGUAAGGAACGGAAUAAGUCCAUGUGCUGCAACCUAUAAUUGCUUCUAUAAGGAAUAUAGGGGCAGAAAGGAUGCAGAUAGUGCUUUGAAGUUGUUCAAGAAAAUGAAGGAAGAUGGUUUUUGCAUGCCCAACAUGCACACAUACAACAUAUUAAUUGUUAUGUUUUUGAAAUUAAACAAAAUCGAGGUUGUGAAACAACUAUGGAAUGAUAUGAAAGAAACUGGGGUGGGACCAGAUUUAGAUUCCUAUACGCUACUAAUAAAUGAACUUUGUGAGAAACAAAACUGGCGGCAGGCUUGCGGUUAUUUUGUUGAGAUGAUCGAGAAUGGGUUUCUUCCUCAGAAAGUUACUUUUGAGACCCUCUACAAAGGCUUAAUACAAUCUGAUAUGUUGAGAACUUGGAGAAGGUUGAAGAAAAAGCUUGAUGAGGAAUCAAUAACAUUUGGUUCAGAGUUCCAAAAGUACCAUUUAAAGCCCUAUAGGAGAUGAUCUGAAAUCUAUAUAAAUAUAUGCAGAGUUGCUUGCAGCUACCAUGCACAAGGGAAAUUUGAAAGAGAAACAAUACCAUACCUCGUGGUAUUCGCUGGCAGUUGAUGGACCUGGCGAUUUUGUGCUGGUGAAUGCUCAAACUCAAUUGCUGGGCACUUCUUGCACAGAGGAUUUUAACAGUUCACAGCUGGUAGAGAAGCCAACAAAAUGCACAUACUAUGGCUGAGAUGGUUGUCAGUAUAACAUUCCAUGAUCUCCAGUCAAGAGAUGAAGAAAUGGCGCCUGUAGGAUGAAGAAGCAUGGUUUUUCAGAGAGAGAUGCAACUAUAUCUCCCCAACUAUUUUUGCUAUGUUUGGAUGUAUAGGAAUUGAGAUUUGGAUUUGAAUUAAAUCUAUUGUCAAAUUCAAUUUCUACCUCAAUUCUUUGUAAUUUGACUAGUCUGUCAACAACGCCUGAUAGGACUAGAUUGCUGACAGCAACUAGGACCAGAUUGCCACCACUGCUGAACGGACCGGGUUGCCACCACCAACUGGGAUCGGACAACCGACACCAAUCUAGACCAGACGGUUGAAUUCCAUAAGGACUGAAUCUCCCAUGUCAAUCGAGACUUAACUGUCGGCGAUGAUUAGGACCAGAGUGUAGUUGACAACGAGGAUUAGACUGUUGACUUUCACUGGACAGUUUCCUUCAAAACCAGACCACUAGCCUCGAACAAGACAAGACUGUUGGUGCCAACUAAGACAUGACUGUCAAAAUCGAUUAGGACUGGACAAUCUCCACUACGACAAGGACCAACUACUUUAAUCGGGACUGAACCAGCUACCUUGACUAGGAUUGGAUUGUUGGAGCUGACCAAGAUUAGAGUGUAGGUGAUGAUCGGUCUUGCCUAUGUCGAUAUCGGUGGUUUAAUUUUGGUGGAAGUCGACCGUCUGGUCCCAAUAGUCCCUUGCACUUUAGUCUCAAUUAGCAUUGGAGAUUUGGUCUCAAUGGAAGUUGGCUGUUUGGUCUCGAUCAACACAACAAUCCUAUCUCAGUUGGUACCAGCAAUCAAGCCUGGUUGGUGCCGAUGAUACGGUCUCGAUGGAAGUCGGGCCAUUUUGGUCCAAUAAUUGCCAAUGGUAUGGUCCCUCUGGAAGUCUAUCGUUUAAUGCCAGUAAGCGCUAGCAGUUUGGUCUUGGUAGAAGUUGGCCAUUGACUUUGAUGAAACUAGAUCACUAACGUUGUCCAAGUUGCUUUUAAAUUCAAACAUAUAAUUUAAAAUUUGAAAUUUUACUUGAAA